CGUGAUAAUGUUUGUGCUUCUAUUUUUUGGUACACUUCAUUGUAACACAGCGAGUAUAAUAUUAAAUCUUAGCGUUAGGCCUAGUAAUCUAGUAAGAAGCUAAACCGUGAAAAUGAUGUGCGGCGGAACAAGCGACGUUAAGGAAGCCAAUGAAGAAAUCCAUGAGUUGGUUAAAGAGAUCCGGGGUGAGUUAGAGAAGAAAGUGGAGAAAACCUACCCAGAUUUUAAAGCCGUGUCUUUUAAAUCACAAGUAGUUGCUGGAACCAACUUUUUUGUCAAGAUCCUUGUUAAUGAUGGUGAAUAUGUCCAUGUAAGAAUUUUCCGUCCUCUGCCACACACAAACGAGGGUCCAAAAGUUCACAGCUAUCAGGAAAACAAGACUAAAGAUGAUGCACUUGAAUACUUUUAAUUAAAUUUUAACAAGUGAUAUUUUUUUUUAACUUAUGUGGUAAUUUUGAUAGCCUAUAUUAUUAACAAGCAGGGAAUGGUGUAUGAUGAUUAUUGUGCAGCUUAUUUUAUUGCAUUUAUAUUAUUAAAAAUUAUCUUUUCAAAAAAGUAGAUUACUAUUAUUUUAUAUAUUCGCUACUAACACAUUUGCUUAGUUUCAUGGUACAAACAAUUUAGAAAGAAAUUUGCUUAUCAGAAAUUUUAUGCUUUUUGGCAUUAAUUUUGAUGUUGUCCUACAUCUGGCUGAGGGAAUCUGUGGAUAAAUAUCUUUGUAAUUUUUGCCUUAUUUUUUCUACAUAAAUUAUCUCAUCUGAUAUUAUAUACAUUACAUUACUAGCAAUUUUAUUUUGUGUUUUUGUAUAAAUCUGUCAAACAAUCAAUCAUAAGUUCACUUUAGAGGGAGGUAAAUCUAAUGUAAAAGUUACAGAUAAAGACAAGUUAUCUACCUUUAUAAGUUACAGAGCAGGUUUAUUCAUUGAAAUCUAUUUUAUUUGUCAAUUCUGUUUGUGUAUUCAAAUUAAAAUAUUCAUACUUCA